GCUAUUUGGUUAAAGUGGCAAAUUUAUUCUCUUUCAGUCACCUUGCUACAUCCCUCCCCUUACCUUCAGAGAGGGAUCAUCUUCGGCCCAGGAUAGAUCUGAUUGUGUUUAUGAUUGACAUCAAGAACAAAUACAGCUUGAAGAAUGUUGAAGCUUCCCUAGCUCAUGUGGCUGCCGGCUUCUUCCUGGGGAAAGUGUGCUUUCUUGUCACUGGGGUUGGCAGGGUGAAUUACUGCAGUGUAGAAAUUAGUUCCAUCUGGAAACUGGGAGAAGUCUACUGCAGUCCUGUGCUAUACUGUGAGCUGGAGUUGGAAGGGAUACGAGUUGCCACUGCUCAACGACUUCUCCGGAUGUUACAGAUCUGUGCUGGUCAUGUACCAGGAGUUUCUGCUUUGUGCUUUAACUUUCUGUUGAGGAACUCUGACUAGCUGCACAUUGUGCAGAGCUCUAGCUGUGUGUGCUGUUUCACUUAACUUGUUUCUGACAUCUGUCUGUGAGCAGGAAAAAGCAGAAAGCAGCACUGCAGGCUUAAUCAGCUGUGAGUGUUGGCAGUCCUUGUAAAGACAGCUCAGCAAGGCACAAAGCCUGUAUCCUUGCUCAGAGGACACAUAAAUCCCAGCUCCAGUUGUAUUGUUGCUGGCGGGGGAGGGCUAGGUUGUUUGUCAGCUGGAACAAAAGGAGCUAAACCAUUCAGCUGUGUUAUGGUGCCCA